CGUCCGGAAGAAGAAAGCUGAAUGGAAUACGAAAACUACAACUAUUUUGUAAUGAACAACAAAUUUCAAGAUUAUAAUAAUGAAAUCAAACUACGAAACUACGAAGAAUUUUUAGUCAACAAUGAGUAUUAAUCUAUACACUUCCAUAAAGUUUCAGUAGCAUCUCUAGACGGCAGUAUCUCUUUUUAUUUUUAGCUUCUUAGUCGGUUAGUUUCCAAUAGCAAUACGCCCUUUUUUCCUCAGAUGCCAGUCGACCUUGUCAGAAUCGUGCUUUAUUCAUACAAUGUUACGGCAUUCAAUAAAUAAUCUUCGAAGCAGAUACCUGUAAUUGUAUUGUUUAUUUCCACGUUUGGUUAUUUUAGAUAACACUGAAACACUGUGCCAAGUUUGCUGAUAACGGCAUUAUAGAAAUAAUGUACCAUAUAAGAACAAUGAUCAUAACGAAUUUGUGUUGCUAAAUUCUAUGUUCGUGUGGCCCUUAAACAUAUGCAUAAAAAGUACUACAUAUAUCAAUACAUAUUAUAGAUUUAUAAAUAAAAAAUAGAUAAAUUUACAUAGCAAUGGCACCUCCAAGCGUCGAGUUACCCAUUGAGGGUAAAUUUUAAGUAAUGUGUAGAAAAUAUCUGCGCUCUCAAGUUCUUCAAUUGAAUGUAGAAUUUCUUGCUUGACAGAUAUUGAAGCUUUCGAACAGAAGACAUCUAUAAGCGCACAACAGUCUUUCAAACUUAUCUAACAAAUUAAGCAAUGGAGAUAAUUAAUGUAGCAAAAGAAACUUAAAGAUUAAUUUACAAUCAGAAGAUGUUGCCUAAGUACAAAAUGCAAUUCAGUUAGAAUUUGAAAAUGUCAGUUCGUCGGCGGUUAUUCCAGUAUCGUCGCAUAUUCUUGCUACUAGCGGUAGUCUCCAGCGUUUAUAUGUACUUAGAAUAUAAACGUAAUGUGGGGAAUUCGGAAGAGUUUACUUGGCUUACCAGAAGAAAACCAAACAUUAAUGAAUCAGUAGUCAAUGGAGUGAAAAACAGCUUAGCUCUGCAACUAGCAGAUGAAGUGCGCAUCCUCUGUUGGGUAAUGACCAACCCCGCCAAUCACAAAACGAAGGCCAUGGACGUGCUUCGAACCUGGGGCACGCGUUGUAAUCGUUUGAUAUUCGUAACCUCCGAGGACACUGCAGAAUUGGGUGAAACAUUUGUUCUACAAAAUUUCACUGAUACCCACGAUGUUUUAUGGGUGAAAACGAGAAGAGCCUUUAAGCAUGUUUAUGAAAAAUAUGCUAAUGAGUUGGAUUGGUUUUUGAAAGCAGAUGAUGACACGUACGUGCUCGUGGAAAAUUUGCGCUAUUUACUCUAUGCAUAUAGUCCGGAUAUGCCGAUCUAUUUUGGACACGACUUUAAGUAUGCGUACCAAGUUAAAAACCAUUACAUGUCCGGCGGUGCGGGAUAUGUCCUAAGCCGUGAAGCGCUACAUCGUUUUGUUAAUGCAGCAAUGCAAAAUAGUGAUUUAUGUCCACCUGAGGAUAAGCUUAUAGCCGAAGACUGGGCAAUCGGUAUGUGUUUACGCUCUGUGGGUGUGCUGCCUGGAGAUUCACGUGAUGCACACAAUGAACUGCGUUUCUUGCCUCUUGAACCACAUACUCUCUUAAUUGGAAAGUAUUUUGAUGACGCAUUUUGGUAUUUCUCAUAUGGAAUCUAUCAUCCGCGAGUGUGUCAAAAUUGUUUAUCAAAACACGCGAUCUCUUUUCACUAUAUGACAAAGGAGGGUAUGUAUUUAACUGAUUUCUUCUUGUAUCAGUUCAAGCUAUAUGAACCGGAGGAAGAGAAGGAAGUCCUGCCAAAGAAAUUACGUUUGGAUGAAGUAAAGAUACCAACUCCAUUCAAUGCAUGGGAUAUAACUGUGAAUUAGCAAAUGAAGACCACUACCACCUAAAAUAUUUUAACUUUUCAUACAAAAAUUUGUAAAUUGUUUCCCGAAAUAUAUUAUGAACGUAUAAAAUUAUCAACUAUUUAUUGUGACAAGAAAGAAAAGAAAAUUACAAAGCAAAGAGGGGUAAAACAUUGUUAUAGACAGUUGCGCUCUUAUGAUGGUUCCACAUACGUACCAAAACUUCCAGCAUAUCCGCAUUUUU